AUGGCGUCUCAAACCCCCGCCGUUGUCAUGGACAACGGUACGGGAUACUCGAAGCUCGGCUUCGCCGGCAACGACUCUCCCUCCUUCGUCUUCCCCACUGCGAUAGCUACCAAAGGCCCAACAGGCGGUAGCGGCGGAUCAGGCUCUGGACGCCCAGCCGUUGCGAACAAGCCCUCAUUCCUGACUGGUGGAGCUGGGCCAGGUGGGCAUCUGUCUGGAAAGCGCGGUACCGAGGACCUCGACUUCUUCAUCGGCGACGAAGCUCUGGCCGCAGCUGGAGGCGCGGGCUAUGGCAUCAACUACCCGAUCAGGCAUGGUCAGAUAGACAACUGGGACCUUAUGGAACGCUUCUGGUCCAACUCGAUAUUCAAGUACCUGAGAGUGGAGCCUGAGGACCACCACUUCCUCCUCACCGAGCCCCCACUGAACCCUCCCGAGAACCGCGAAGCCACCGCCGAAAUCAUGUUCGAGUCGUUCAACGUCGCCGGUCUCUACAUUGCCGUACAAGCUGUGCUCGCCCUGGCCGCGUCAUGGACUAGCUCCAAGGUGCAGGACCGAUCCCUCACCGGAACUGUCAUCGACUCCGGAGCUGGUGUCACGCACGUUAUCCCCGUUGCUGAAGGCUACGUCAUCGGUUCCUCAAUCAAGAGUGUCCCCAUCGCCGGUCGCGACAUCACCAACUUCGUACAAUCGCUCCUCCGAGAACGCGGUGAACCCGACUCCUCCCUCCAGACUGCCGAGCGCAUCAAGGAGGAAUACUGCUACGUAUGCCCUGAUAUUGUCAAGGAGUUCGCCCGCUUCGACCGCGAGUCAGACGACCGAUUCAAGAAGCACACCGUCAACUAUCCCAACGGCAAGACCACAUCCGUCGAUGUCGGCUACGAACGUUUCCUCGCGCCCGAGAUCUUCUUCAACCCCGAGAUCUACUCCUCCGACUUCCUCACCCCGCUACCUACCAUUGUCGACACCGUCAUCCAAUCCUCUCCCAUCGAUGUACGCAGAGGGCUUUAUAAGAACAUUGUGCUUUCGGGUGGAUCAACACUAUACAAGGACUUUGGCCGACGCCUGCAGCGCGAUAUCAGGCACAUGGUCGACGCAAGGAUCAAGGCUUCGGAAGCGAAGAGCGGAGGAGCAAAGAGUGGUGGUCUGGACGUACAAGUCAUCACGCACAAGAGGCAAAGACACGGCCCAUGGUUCGGUGGUAGCUUGCUCGGUCAGACACCAGAGUUCAAGAGCUACUGCCACACCAAGGCGGAAUACGACGAGAUUGGUCCCAGCAUUGUCCGAAGAUUCGCGCUGCUGGGUGGUCCAGGAAGCACAUAA